UACAAAUUUGCUUAUCUUUCUUUUUCGAAACCCGAAAUAUAAACAUCAAUUAUAUAUGUUCUAUAUAUCCUCUCCAAAAAACAAAAUAUACCAAUACGAGUCGUUUUCGGGUGAUAUGGGUCCGGGAGUUGUUUUGUAUUCGAUGUUCUUCGUACUUUUGCUUCUUCUCAGUCCAGAUUCAAGCUUUGGUGAGAAACCUCCAUUGGAAGCAAUCUUGCAUAACAAAGUGCGACACCUCCUUCAACAAGAUGACAUCCCCAUCAUUCAACCGACAACUCCCACCGGAACUCCAAACACAGAUUCCCCAACCACAUUUCCGCCAACCACCACCACCCCCACCGGAAACCCCACAACUUUACCACCACCAUCACCAACCGGCUUUCAACCAAACAACCCCACCCCAUUUCCAACUACUCCAACAGCCCCGAUGGGCCCGUCAAAUCCGAUGGGUCCGUCUGUCCCAACCGCCCCGACAGGCCCAUCUGGACCAACGGGCCCAACGGGUUCAUCGAGUGGAUCAUGGUGUAUUGCAAGUCCAUCGGCUUCUGAAACGUCUCUACAAGUAGCACUUGAUUAUGCUUGUGGCUAUGGAGGAGCCGACUGCUCAGCAAUUCAACCGGGUUCAAGUUGUUACAACCCGAACACAGUUCGGGAUCAUGCUUCCUAUGCUUUUAACGCGUAUUAUCAAAAGAAUCCGGCUCCAACUAGUUGCUCUUUUGGAGGAGUUGCACAGGUUACCAACACAGAUCCAAGUUCAGGAAGUUGUCGCUUCUCAGCUGCCAAAUCAACAACAGGCAUGAUGACUCCACCAACGCCUCCCAUGCCAACCCCACCCACCUCUCCCACAAUAAGUUCACCAAUCAACCCGUAUCCUACAACACCUACUCAACCGGGCGGGUUUUCUCCGGAUCAACCAGGUUACACGUCAUCAGAGCCAACAGGGGAGCCCAGCUCAGCAGCCAUGAUGGCUGCUGACUUAUUCCUUCCAUUGAUGAUAACUAUUCUACUUGUAUUUCUAAACAGAGAAAAAUGAAUAUCAACUUAAUGAAACAAGAUGGGAAUUCACUUGGCUGGAAUUCGUCACAUGUCGAAUUGAAGCGGGCCCUAUUCUUAGAUAAGAUCAUUGCCAUACUUCAUGUUUAAGAAUGGCUUUUAGUUGUAGUAGGAAAAUUAUAGAAAAUGAAAAAACAAAAGUAAUUUAUUGGGUU